UCCGCAACGAAUCAUUCAAUUGCAGUCAAUAUUCAGCGCUAAUCUAAUAACGAAACCAAAGCACGAAGCAACGCAAUUGAAAAUGUUUUUCCAUUUGGUGCUCGUAGCGCUUGUCGCUAUCGGCACUAGUGCGGCCGGCAUUGGCAAGAAAUACCCACUUUCUGCCAAGUUCAUCGAAGAAAUCAACACAAGAGCUACAACAUGGCGAGCUGGCCAAAACUUCCAUCCCGAUACCUCCCUCCGAUACAUCCGUGGCUUGAUGGGAGUGCACCCGGAUGCAGACAAAUUCCGAGAGCCAGAAUUCGUACACGAGCUGACCGACGCAGACGAUCUGCCGGAAAACUUCGACUCCCGUGAACAGUGGCCCAACUGUCCGACGAUUCGCGAAAUCCGUGAUCAAGGGUCGUGCGGCUCCUGCUGGGCAUUCGGUGCUGUUGAGGCUAUGUCGGAUCGUGUUUGUAUCGCUUCGGCAGGUAAGAUUCAUUUCCGCUUUUCGGCCGAAGAUCUAGUCUCUUGCUGCCACACCUGCGGCUUCGGUUGUAACGGAGGAUUCCCUGGCGCUGCCUGGAGCUACUGGGUGCGAAAGGGUUUGGUGAGUGGUGGACCAUUCGGAUCGAACAUGGGUUGUCAGCCAUACGCAAUUGCCCCGUGCGAACAUCACGUCAACGGAACGCGUCCAUCCUGCGAGGGCGAAGGUGGAAAGACACCGAAGUGUGUGAAGAAGUGCCAGGAGAGCUACAGCGUACCCUACCAGAAGGAUAAACGCUUCGGUGCUUCAUCGUACUCGAUCCAACGCCAUGAAGCACAAAUCCAGAAAGAAAUCAUGACCAACGGACCGGUAGAGGGCGCGUUUACCGUGUACGAAGAUUUGCUGCACUACAAAGAGGGCGUUUAUCAGCACGUGACAGGCAAAAUGCUCGGCGGCCAUGCCAUACGGAUUCUGGGAUGGGGCGUUGAAAAUGGCACCAAGUACUGGCUGAUUGCUAACUCGUGGAACAGUGACUGGGGCGAUAAUGGUUUCUUCAAGAUCCUUCGCGGAGAAGAUCAUCUCGGCAUUGAAAGUUCCAUUUCGGCCGGUUUGCCUAAGGUCUAAGGCCGAUAGGUCUAUCAGCUUCGAUUGGUUUCGCAUCGCCAACAUAUCGCCCCAAUUUACAUACAUUCCUGGAAGUGGCGAAGCAAAAGUAAAAUUUAUCAGCGUAAAGAGGCUGAUUUAUCUAUUAACAUGAAUGUAUCUUCUCUUUUGAUAAUAAAUAAAAUGGGACAGUAUCGCUUUCGGUUAUCAAACACCCACGAA